CGCGAACUCUAGCUCUUCUUUCUGCGUCCUGCCUGCGUGCGUCCCUUCCCAUCUGAGUUUUUUUUGCUCUCGCCACCUACCUCUACACCCUCCUCUCCUCGGUCUCCUCUCCCCUAUCUAUAUCUCCACACACAUAUUACGUACGCGAGUCCUCGCUCUACCCGGCCACAUACUCCAUCGUUCUGGUUCAGGUUCAGGUCGAUCAAGGUUCAGAGGGGCUUAGCUAGCUACCUUGCUCCGACGAACCAAGAGGAUGGCAAGCUUCGGUGAAGGCAACCGAGCCGCCGCGACGCAGCGGGAAGAGGGAUCAUCGCAGAACAAAUAUGGAGGGAUUUCUCCAAAGAAACCUCUGAUUAAUAAGGACCAUGAGCGUGCUUAUUUCGAUUCAGCUGACUGGGUACUUGGCAAGCAAGGCGCAACCAACGACACAAAAGGCCCAGCGGAGCCCCUGAAACCCAAGUUGCAGCGGACGGCAUAUCACCAGCUUCCCCCACGAAGGCCUGCGUGCACGUCAGGCGGGACGGAAUAGUUGUGCUCUAAUCUCAGCAUCACAUUAACAUGUCAUCGAGAGCACAGCAGGGCGAAUCAGAGGACAUGGAGUUUGGGUCAAUCAUUAAUUGGGAUGUAAAUAUGGACAUUACCGGUAUGUAGCUAUGUGCAAUGAAAUUGACAGGAUUUUUGUCGCGCUCUCA